AUGGAUUCCUACUUUCCACUCCCCGGCCUGCAGCUGCCGUUCCAGCGCCGGCUGAGCCGACUCUACAACGACACCAAGAAGUCGUCCGAUUUCGUCAAGGAGCCCGUCCAGAAUGCCGAGGACCCCGAGAUCAAGGCCCUCCACCGCAAGCUGCGCAUCCAGAAAGACCGCCUCGUCAGCUGGGGCCUCGAAUGGUCCGACCCCAGCCAGUCGUCCGAGGUCCUGAUCGACUCGUCGCUGUCGCGCGCCGGCCUGAGUGAAGUCGUCAGCAGCAUCAUGUCGACGAUCAAGGAGACCCUUGCCGAGGUCGAGCCGCUGUGGCUGAGCUCCAAGCGUCUGGUGGGCAGCGGGGGUGCCGGAAGCGGUGGAAACGUGGGCAGCGGCGACAGCAAGGCCGCCGAGCUGUCCGCCGACCGCGACCGCAAGCUGCCCAUUGUCACCUGGGACAAGGCACGCUUUGCCGACCUGGUGCGCGACCUGACCGUGUCGAUUGACACUCUCUAUGACUUGUCUCGCACGCGGUCGUCGGCGGCCACGGGUGGUGGUGGCGGUGGCGGUGGCAGCGGCCCCGGGAGUGAUGUCAAGCACCCUGGCGGCCCAGGCAGCGUUCCCACGCAUCACAGCCCAGUCAGCGGCAACAUCAACAACAGCAACAACAACAGCAGCAACAACGCUCCCAUUCUGGGGACCCCGGGCAACAAGCUGGCACUCGUCACGUCGGCGUCCUGGUCCCCCUCGUCACCCAAGCAGCUCUCCAUGCAGCAGGCCCUGAAGCGCCACCUGCAGCAGCAGGGCCAGUCGCCCUCGACGAUGAUGCAGCAACUGACGAGCGACGAGGCCAAGCUGUUUGAGUCGUCGCGCAUGCUCGUGCCCCAGCAGAUCGACUCGGCCAUGCUGACCAGCAUCGAGUCCGGCACCCGCCCGCCCGAGGACCCCAAGGCCCGCGAGGUUGUCUUCAUGAACAAGCAGGCGUACGCCGACCUCGUCAGCCGCCCCGUCGGCCAAUCCUACGCGCCCCUGCUGCUCGAAUACGCCUACUUCGACCCCGUCUACUCGUCCACCGGCAUCAUGCCCUCCAUGGCCCGCUUCGAGAAGCUGUCCGCCGGCCUGCAGGGCGAGGCCAGCCACGUCAGCGGCAACCCGCGCCUGCUGGGCUAUUUUGAGGACAUGGACCACUCGCGCUUGGGCCUGGUCUACCAGUUCCCGCCCGGCUUCCACGCCAUCGCCUCGCCCCCGACCGCCUCGCAGUCGCCUGCCAUGCUGCGAUCGUGCCUCUACUCGCUCGGCGACCUGCUCGGCAGCCCCGGCGUCGAGCCGAAACUCGAGGCCAAGUUCCGCCUCGCCGCCAACCUGGCCAACGCCGUCUUUGAGCUGCACGCUAAGGGCAUUGCACACGGCAACCUGGUCGACUCGAGCAUCCUCUUUGGCCGUGUCACCAACCCCGACGCCGGCCUGCCCUCCUCCGACGUGUCCCAGGUCGACAUCCGCAGACCUGUGGUGUCCUCCUUCGACUUGUUUCCCGAUACGCCCAACCCCGCGAGCCGCAGCGACAUUAAGCGCCGCAGCUCGCGCCUGCACCAGCACCCGCUGAACCCCAUUUCCUUUGCGCCGGGCGCGCCGCCUAUUGUCGACGCCGACCCGCGCGUGUUCGACCUGUACUCGCUGGCCAUGCUUCUGCUGUCCAUUGGCAUGUGGACGCGCCUCGAGAACCUCGUGCCUCACCAGGACUCUGCCAUGGUGUCCGAGGCCGUGCUCGACCAGCUGUCCACGCAGUGCGGCACGCUCUACAUGAAGGCCGUGCAGACCUGCUGGACGGCCAUGGAGCUCGUCGUCUCGGCCGGCAAGGCCGCCGGCGAGUCCCACCUGGCCCGCUUGCAGGUGCGCGCCAGCAGCUACCUUGAGGCCUGCUGCGUCCUCGACGACGUGGCCAAGCUCGAGGAGCGCCUGCGCAACGAUUUGGGCGGCGACGACGACCUUGUCUCGUCCUCCGUCGCCAAGUCUGCGACGAGCUCCUCGACCACGCCGAUGCCGACGCCGGCGCAGACGCCGUUCACGCCACCCACGCUCGUCCACUCGCACUCGGCGCCGCCGAUGCCGCCACCCAAGAUGUCUUCGCCGCACCCGGCGCCGCUCACGACGCCGUCGCAGCCGCCCGCCAUGCGCACCCAUCGCAGCCUUCUUUCCAUGCCGCCGCGGGACCGCCUCCCUGACGAGUCGUUUAGCGACGCGAAGCCGCCGCCCGUGCCACCCAAGACGAGCGGCUCCGGUGGUGCCACUACGAGCCCGCUGGGCUUUGCACUGCCGCGGCACCCGUCUGCUGCGACCGCCGGGUCUGCAGCACCCGGCGCCAUGUCGCACAUGUCGCAUGCGGGCCAUGUGGCCACGCAGCCAUCUGCACCUGCAUCUGCUCCUGCUGAGAAGAAGCGCAUGCGGCUGUAUCCUCAGGUUGCUCUGCCUGCGGAUGUCGUCGAGAAGUGGCACACGUACCUUAUGCCGCAGAUCAACUACGUCCUGCGCCACUUUUACCGCAGCCACCCCGAAUCCGUCGAGAUUUCUCUGGAGUCCGUCGGCGACUCGCCGCGCAACACCCGCCCCACCGUCGUCGUCGUCUGCACGUCUGUGUCCAAGGUGCGCAGCAUCCUGAAGCGCAAGAUGGCCAACGUGUUUGAGGGCACCAACAGCGUCGGCCUCAAGGUGUGCACCGGCCGCGUGAUGCGGUCGCGCAAGGACGCGACCAGCGGCAGUGGUCCUCGUGGCGCGGGCGCCGACAGCGAUGUCGUGAAGCGUAGCGGCGCCGACUUUCAGUACGGCAGCGCCUCGGCGGCCAACACCCAGUUCCAGCAGAAGCCCGAGAACGGCGCCAGCAUUGGCGCCUGGAUCGGCGACCGGCACCUGCCGCCCGUCAGCUUUGGCGGUCUGGUCCUUGUCGACGACAAGCCGUUCGGCAUGACUGUGCACCACAUGCUGGACGACCCGGACGCGUCGGAGGAGGCGGCGGCCCGUGAAGGCCAAAAGGCCCUGCGCAGCAGUGGUGGUGCUGCGGUCACACCCGCCGCUGCCGCCGCGACGACUGCCAACGCGGCCGGCGAGGGCGAGGAUGAGCAGAUUGAAGAACUCGGCCAGUCUGUUUUGGACUGGUACGCCGAUAUGCAAAAGGGCAGCAGCUCCGGCGCUGCCCACUCGAGCGGCGGCAGCGACUUCGACGUCGACGACGACGACGAAGACGACGACGACUAUGCCUGCGAAUUUAGCGACACGAGCUCGGCCGUGUCCGAGUCCGACAUUACGAGCGAGUGGUCGGACAGCGACAACGAGGACUAUGACGACCCACGCCGCCGCCGCCAACGCGACGACGACGACGACGACUACGCUGCCAAGGCAGACGACGAGACGGACGAGCCUGGCGACACGCCCGGCGUCGAGCCCGGCUAUGGUGAGGGCUACAUUGUCACGCAGCCCGCGCUCGACGAUGUCGACGGCAACUUUUAUCCCGACGAGGCGACGCAGGACGACGACCACCUGGAUUCCUGCGGCCUCGGGGACGUGUAUGCGUCGAGCGGUGUGCGCCGCCGCGUCGACGAGCACGGCCUCGUGCACGAGAUUGACUGGGCCCUCUUUGAAUUCAAGGAGGACCGCCAGCCGCCCGCCAAUUCGAUUCCGCACCUGCCUCUCGGCGGCGAGGCCGCGCCCGCCCUGUCGGACGUGUCGUCCUCGGGCAUCCUGCGGCCGACGACCGUGGCGCCCGCGUCGGCGCUUCCGGGCCUGGACGUGCAGUGCAUCGCGCGCACGUCUGGCCUGCAGACCGGCCGCAUCCUGCCGACCAUUACGUCGGUCAAGAUCUACGGGCGCACGUCGCCGUCGCACACGUACCAGAUUGCGGCCGCGGGCGGGCCGUCGUCGAGCGCCAACCACGCGCAGACGCCCUCGCCCUCGCCCUCGCCCAUUGGCAUCCCCGGCGACAGCGGCGCAUGGAUCGUCGAGCGCGAGCACGGCCGCCUCUGCGGGCACGUCCUGGCGUGGAGCGCGCGCAAGCGCGUCGCCUACCUGUGCCCCAUGGACGUGCUGCUGCUCGACAUUGCCGAGACGCUCGAGGCCGGCGAAGUGCGCCUGCCGGGCGGCGACGCCAUUGUCAAGAUUAUGGACCCCGAGGAGCGGCGCACCAAGGCGACGGCGUCGUCGCCCAACGUCGCGACCGCGACGUACGCGACCAACAGCAUGCGCGGUGGUGGCGGUGGCGGCGCCGGUGCUGCGUACAGCAGCCAAGGUACGGCCAGCGGCUCGGGCCGCCCGACGCUCAACACGUCCCUCAGAACGUCGUCGUCGCUCAGCCUGCACGAGUCCUGGCCGACGGAGCCGUCGCCCGACGUGCCGAUCCUGCAGGGCGAACGCGAACUCCAACGCGAACGCGAACACGAACACGACAUGGCGCCCCUGGACCCGGUCGAUGAAGGGUUCCAGGACAGCGACGUGGUGACGGUCGCGGGCAGCGCCAUCAGCCGCAGCAGCCGGACCAGCAGCAACCCGGGUGCGGGCGACAGCAAGAACCCGCGGUGGCAGGAGUCGACCAAGAUCAUGGAGAUGGUGGGCAGCAUGGGCAAGGUGCGCCUGGACAGCAGCAAAGACGUGCAGGCGCCCUGCUAG